ACUCUGAUGUCGGACUGCGCUUGUGCUUCGGAUAUUUUGGCGAGCAGUGAGUGGAUUGAUAGCGAAAAUCACUUCCAGAAUGGUGACUCUGCUGCCGACUUAAUUCUGCAACAUCCAGAAAGAUCAGAGGAUUCUUUGAUUCAUUCUUAUGAUUUUGUGAAAACUCAUCACACCAGGAAAAGCUCACGGCCUAAAAAGAUACCCAUGCAUUUUGAAGCUGCUGUUGGCAACGUACUACCUGAUUUCACUGAAGCUGGCAAAGAUAAAUCAACUAUAGAGUCAUUGAUGAUCUCUGAUGCCCAACCUGAAGCUGAAGGCCAGCGGCGCAAAAGUUUGCGUCCUCGUCGAAAAGUACAAAGAUCGGAAGCAUUCCAGGAUGAGGCAGCAUUGGAUCAAUUAUUAAGCGACGAAACAAACCUCACCGCUUAUGGUCCUGCGCAGCACUGGGAAACUGGGGCUGGGGACUACUUGACAGAUGACUGGCUCAACAUCACUCGCCCCGAAGGACAGUCUACAACUCAGCUGCGCGUUUAACGCUACUGUAUGGCUAAUAAACAUAACCAAUCAACUCAACAGACCUAAAGAGGCUAGUUACGUUCGAUGAUCGUUUCCUUCGCAGCUUAGCCAGUGUGAGCAAUGUACGUGUUUGGCGUCAUGUAUUCGCUGCAGCAAGAGCGAGCGAACUGCUCAGCACCGGCAUAUCACGCACCAGACUCCGAUAGCUGGGCCACACAUUGCGCAUUCAAGCACAUCGACUACCGCGACGUGCAUUGUUUGCCCGCCGGUGUGGAUGGAAAAAUAAUAGACCAACCGAUGACACUGGUUGACAUGGCAAAUAGCCUAUCUCAAUGGCGUUUGUGUUUUCUCAGUUGAGAAGAUCAUGUCGCAUCGCACCCUUCCCAAACGCAAGUUAACCAAAUUUAUCUUGGAAGCCAUUAAGUCGUACUCCGCAUCGCAGCUGAAGAUGGUCCAAUUGGAAUACUUCGUGAAGUUUCAUGGGCGAUCUUACUGGAAUUGCGCUUGGAUAUCAGGUGCCGUUUUGUAUGCAAUUCAUCCAUCCAUCGUGCGGAACUAUAUCAGAUCUAAGGGCAUCUUUCGAGUUGACAUUGAGGUGGAAUGGAAACCUCAGGAAAUCGAAUCACUUGAUUUUGCUGAUAAACGUCCUGUUCCGCCUGCAAACCAUCCAUCUUUUUUGGAGGAACCUUCAGGUUCCAAAUCUUUACCGGUGACAAAGAUAGAGGAAUCCACUGCUGCUGAUUCGAAAUCGAAUUCAUCUUCUUCGAUAACUAUCCAGCAUACCAGCGAAGAAGAGAUUGACAACGAGGACUCUUUAGAUCAUUGGACUGAGGCUCAUACGGAAAAUAUUCAGAAAUGGGUCUCCUCGAAAGUGGAGAACGUUGGCUCCCGUCGUCGUUACCUAAUCCGUUGGGGAGUCGAGAGAGAACAGCUCAUACCGGAGCAGAUAAUCUCUAUAGGUGACGCUGUGAAUCCCACUUUUGACGGAACUGGUGACGCCGACUCUUAUCUUACUAAUAAGGAAACAAGCAAAGCACUUCAAUCUAUUGGCUACCGUGAGGUUUUGGUCGCAUGGUUCCAUUUGCCUCGCAAUCAGGCCACUUGGGAGAUUGUAGAGGAGGACCUAGAAGCGCUGGACUCCAUCGCGCUGCACCUUAGCCGCGCCCCUGGAUUAACUGUUCGAGACAGUACAGGACGAAAACUGCUACCUCUCACUGUACGGCGUCACUUGAUUCAAUUGACAAACACCUAUUGCACUCGCAUUGCUAGGAUGCUGUGCGACGCAUAUAGUUCCUACGCAACGAUUGGCAAACGACCUGGUCCAAACAGUGAAUCUUGGGAUAAUAUUUGGAAAGAUGGGCAGCCAUCGUAUUUGUCCCCUUCAGAACACGCAGCUCUACAUCCGUACCAGGUGGAGGGAGUGCGUUGGCUAUGGCAUGCCUUUCACAAUCACGUCAACGCCAUUCUGGCUGAUGAGAUGGGUUUGGGGAAGACGGUGCAAGUGAUCGCUCUAUUGUAUUUAUUGUGGAAGGAGCGUAACGAUUAUGGCCCAUUUCUGAUUGUGGCUCCUCUUUCAACUCUGCUCAACUGGGAACGGGAGUUCAAUGUCUGGGCCCCGGACUUUCACGUCAUUGUUUACUCUGGAGAACGCAGCGUGCGGACAGCAUUCCAAGAUUACGAAUUUCGUAUACCCAAUUCUGGUGGGGUCCCUGCUUUCCAUGUCUUGAUAACUAGCCAUGAGCUGGCUUGCAUCGAACGUUCUUGUCUUCAGAGCUUUGAUUGGAGUGUUUUGGUCGUCGAUGAGGCUCAUCGCUUAAAAAACAAACAGUCAAGACUUUUCAAAGAGGCCAGCCAGUACAAAGCUAGUUUUAAGAUCCUGCUUACUGGCACACCGUUGCAAAAUAACUUGGAAGAAUUGUUCCACUUGUUGUACUUUGUGGAACCCAAAACCGUCACUGACUUUAAAACUCUGACCGAGAAAUGGGCGCAUAUGCCAAAGGAGGAACGUAUCAAUAGUCUUCAUUGCCAGCUGAAGAACCAUCUCCUUCGGCGUCUGAAAGCUGAUGUUAUACGUGAUUUGCCAAAGAAGUCCGAAAUCUCGGUUAUGGUAGAUAUGUCUGUGUUACAAAGGAAGCUCUAUAAGUUGGUUCUAACGAAAAAUUAUGAAGAGCUGCGUUGCGGAAGUCUAAUGAACAGUCUGGUUCAUCUGCAAAAGGUGUGCAACCAUCCUUACUUAUUACCCGUUGGAGAUGCAAUCGCCCCACGGGUGGUUUCGGACACGGCGGACGCUAGUUAUGAACCUAGGGCUUUGGUGCAAGUCAGUGGCAAGAUGAUCGUUUUAAUGGAGAUGCUACGAGGUCUACGUGAACGAGGGCAUCGUGUAUUGGUCUACUCACGCAUGACCACCAUGUUGGACAUUUUGGAAGAGGCCCUAACUAAUGAGGGCUAUGCUUUCGAACGCAUAGACGGUCGUGUCAAAGGUCCACUAAGACAAAUCGCUAUUGAUCGAUUCAAUGCUCGGGAUUGUGAAACCUUCAUAUUUCUUCUCUCAACUCGGGCUGGCGGUGAGGGUAUCAAUUUGGCCUCAGCCGAUACCGUUAUUCUGUACGACUCCGAUUGGAAUCCACAGUGUGACCUCCAGGCGCUGUCUAGAGCCCAUCGUAUCGGUCAGUCACGCCAUGUGCUUGUGUACCGUUUCAUUACUCGUCAUAGCCUAGAGGAACGUAUCAACUUAGUGGCCAGACGCAAGCUUGCUCUCACCAACUUGGUCGUGAAUCAAAGACAGCAACGGAUACAAGAAAAGCUUGCACGCCAGUCGACGCAGGAGAGCGCUCUUGAUCCGAACUCGUCCACUUCGGAGGAACCCGCUGACCGAUGCGCUACCAGUGCACCGCAAGUUCUCGAUGAUGGCUCUUGCUCUAAGGAAGAUACCAGGUCAUCUCUUCCUCCGAUUACUUCGACGUCUAAUCGGUUGAGUCGAGCAGAAAUGGAUGACAUGCUACGAUGCGGCCUGGAAACUUUAUUUGCAGUCGAAGAUCUGUUGGACGUGAAUGACCUACAGAACGCUGCUCGCAGUUCCGAUAAUCCAGAACACAUCGUGUACGACGCCCAGGCCAUUUCACGCCUUCUCGAUAGAUCCAAGAUCGAGGCCGAUUCCGACGAUCCAAAAUCGGUUGCCGAUGAAUAUCUGAGUGUUUUCCGCGUCGCUCAUUUCGGUACACCAUCUGAGGAUAAGGGCCAAGACAUCAGCGGCAUCGAACCCGGCGAUGGCAGUUCGGCAACCGCGGAUCAUAGUGCGUCGGCUCCUUUCGUCGAAGUGGCCGAAGACAAAGCUCGACCUGCCAAAGACACUCUGGGGUACGCCGCUUUCUGGGACCGGUUGCUACGAGAACGUCAUGAACGCCUAUGCAACGCCGAGGCUGAGGCUGUGUCCGAAAACCCCCGACGUGUUAGUAAAGCUUCUUGGCGGUUGUUGCAGCGUACGACACUGAAUUCUCCUAUAGGUAGUGAUGAUGAAGUGGUGAUCGAGUGUGAGGACAGCAGCAGUAAAGGUCACAGUAGCUCUGCAAUAGGACCGGUCAGCGGUAAUUUAAGUAGUAGGAUCUCCGAUACCUCAGCAGAAAACUCCUCGGUCAACGAGGAUGGUUGUAACAGGCCGAGCAAGUCUACCAACCGUCAACGUAAUUCUCACAGGUCGUUGAAGUCGAAGCGAACGAAGGCCGCUCGUCACUCCACUUCUCAUGGAGCUUCCAAGAGAGAUCGUGCAUGCGAGAGUCGCGCAACUGAUGAGGAUACGUUUAUCGCAUCGGACAACAGCCAAGUCUCAGACGAACUGAACGACAGUGAUGUGGACCCCUCCUAUGUGCCUUCAAAUGAAGACUCUGAUGACGCUCGCCUAGAUGCAUCCUUGGUGGCGAAAUGGCAAAGGCGCAACCGCAAUCGAACGGAUCACGAAUUCUUGGAGAUUUCAGACUCCGACGAAACAGAUUCACCGUUGUCCAUCGAGGAACUCACCGCAUUCGGGAACAUAUGCAACGAUACUGGUACCGCAGCUUUUUGGCACCCGAUCCCCGAAGUAUGUGCGAAGUGGAGGGAGGCCGCUGACUCCUCCGGUCCAAAGAUUGAAUGGGCUAAUGAUUGUAUGUUCAUUCAUGGAUUUGGACCAGAGGACCGACAGUCGUUUGCCAACGCGGUUAUGCGCUUUGGACUGCCACCCCCAGGUGUUAUCCCACCGCAGGAUUGGUUGCCUCCGAAUCUAUUAUUCAAGGACCCUGCAAGGCUUCACGCAUACUCAACUUUGUUCAUGCAACAUCUGUUCGAGGAUCCAAAUGCGAUGGACGAUUCAACUGAAUAUUGGUCGGACGGACUCCCGAAAGAACAGCUGUGUGCGUCUGCCGUUUUGGCUCGCAUUGGUAUGAUGGCACUAAUACGAAAUAAGGUUUUGCAAUUUGAGGAUAUAAACGGCGUACAUAGCCGAACCUUUGAGGCCGUGAGCACCCGGUUCAAAUUCAACAUCCACGAGGGUGGUCUGACUCUGCUUCGCCCCACUUGGUACGAUGAAUGGCAGCGAAUCAACGCGUUGGUGGAGAAAAUUGCACCGUCCUCCGAUGGAACUGAUUUUGCCAUGAAGAAACGUUCAGAAGCGAUGUACUAUUUACAGCACACGUGGCACUCUCGACACGACUAUUGGCUGCUUGCCGCAAUCCACGUGCACGGUUACUUUCGAUGGGCGGACAUAUUGGCGGACCCUAGGUUCCAUCUGUUGAAUACUGGGCUGGAAGGUGUUCUGGCCGAUAUGGAAGGUCAAACUCAACCAACCGGGGGGGAUUCCCAGAAACAUCAGAUUAACAUGGCUGAAGCUCAGGCAUUCUUGGUUAACCGAUUACGACUGUUAGAACAUGCGCUGCUGGUAGAACAGGCAUUGCACGAGAUAGCUCAGGCUGCUCUGGAAGGAAGUUCCGGUAAGAAGUCUCCCCCGUUGACUCGUGUACAGAAUCUGGUCGUUUGUCUGUCGAACAAGCUGGCCGCUGCUGGACCACGUAAACGCAUAGCUCUUCCACGGGACGAACGCGCGAGGAGUGCCACUCGAGCUGCUGUGGAGCGUCUCCAGGAGAUACUUGAAGAUAUAUACGCGGACCUUCCCGGAUUACCGGCCUCGGUGCUGUGUGCCGAGGCGGAACCGGCUUCUACCUCAGAACAGACCGAAACGACUACAACCCAGCCGAGUAACGCUUCAUCUGAAAUGAGUCACAAGGAAGCCACAACCUCAUUGGAUUCGGCCCCCGAGACGGCCGCUCACACAUCGUCCCCUUCACCUAGCGGUGCACCUUCCGAUGUCACUUCGGACGUUCCAGCUCCCUCCCCUACCCACCCAACGGAUUCGGUAAAACCUCCUCCACCGAGCCCGGACAAAAUGACUGUGAUCGAAAUUUCUGACAGCGAAAGUUAAACCUACUGUUUGGGUCUCCGGCAGCCACCGUGCCUGCAUUUUUGUAGCAACUGUUGUACAUAUUUUCAAUACAUUUAUGUUCAGAAACCCACG